GCCACGAUGUCAGCGCCACGAUCCCGACACCAUCAUCAGCUCCAUUCAAUCCACCUAGUCCAUCAGAUCGAAAUGGGAUCGAACGUCCUCAGCCGGCGGCAGUGGUGCCUCUGCCUUUUGCUUAUCAUGUCGACACUUUGCAGUGCUGUGUCUGUGACCGCAGGUACCUCUGGCAACAGUCGCCGUCGCGUUGGAGGAUCAGGAGCAGGUGCAUCCUCUCUGGAGGACACUGGCGACAAGGCCGUGCCUGAUCAACUGGCUAUGGCAGCUAAUCGUCGGGGAUCGGACUACUCCAGGCGGGGAUCGGUGAUACACAGCCGGUCGAAGGAGGCGCCCAGCAAAGACUACAGCUACGGCCAGGUGGAACUGAAUCUAGUGCGUCCAGAGCAGGAACCGCAUCCGAAACUCAUCCUGAGCACCACAACCGCAGCAUCCGGAUCCGGCGCCUCCGUCAAUCUGGAGGAUUCCCAAUCGGCAGCUGAAUAUGUAGCCAAUGCCAUCAAGCUGGCCUACAAACAGCCACCGGUGCAGAUACAGCUAAAGAGUCCAAACCAGAUUCAGAAUCAGAACCAAAAUCUUAAUCAAAAUCAGAACCCCAAUCAUAACCUCAACCACAUCCAGUCACAAAAGGAUCUGCAAGCCUCAACCCAGAGAAGUUACCAAGAACAGAGGAGCAGGGACAGGGAGCUGCUGGAACUGCAAUUGCAGAAGCAACUGCAACAGAAGGGUUUAAUCCCUGCCUCUGGACCCUCGUCUCCAUCCUCCUCGGGAUUCUCAGGAUCCUCCUCUUCACCACCGUCGCCCGCUUUGGCACCCGCUCCCGUCUACGAAAAGGAACCCGUGACCCGGAGCUAUGAGCUAUAUGAGCCCGCUACCGAGGGAGAGUCCAAGAUUCAAGGACAAGAGGACAUCGAACGGCAUUAUCGCCCCAAGUACAACAACAAUUUCAACAACUACGCCCCCUAUCAGCCUCCACAAAUGUACAGAAAUCUAGAAGCCGAGGCCGAGGAAAAAGUUAGGGUCUCUGCCUCUACGGAAAUUCCCAAGUCAGAGAUUAUGAAACAGAUUGAAAAGUCGGUAAUCAAGUAUAUGAAGGAACUGGAGGCAGAAGGUAAAAUCAUAAGUACGCCCCAGGAGCCGGCCACGCCUCCUCCACCACCACCGCCGCCGCCCUCGAUCACCAAGGCCUCCUACUACAAAUCGCAGCCUCUCUCAUCUGGAUCUCAUAUUCCAUCUUCGCACUCGGAAGAAAAGCGUUAUAGCAGCAGUACAGUGAGACCCAAAUAUACAGCACCACCACCGACGAAACAACAACAACAGCAUCACCAGCAGCAACAGGUUUACCACCAGCAACAGGUGCACCACCAGCAGCAAAUACAACACCCGCAGCACCACCAAAUAGCUGGGAAACUAAGGAGCUCUUCGGUGGUGGCCAAUUCGAAGCCCAUUCAGCACUUUCAAUCGGAAACGGAAACGGCCUAUCAGGCCCCCGAUUUACCCGUGGACGAACUUAGUCCCAAUGUGGAGUUCAUCUACAAGAUCAAAACACGGGCUCCCCUGCAAACGGCCACUGUGAAAACCGUCUCGAAACCCUAUACCCUUCCACUGAAGAGUGCCGAACAUUUUGAUCAUGGUGCGGCUCUGAAAAACAUUGAAGAAUUCGACCUUUCUCACGUAGUGCCCACUCCAGAUCGCGUGGAAAGGGAAAGGGAACGUGAGAGGGAGAGGGAGAAUAGGGAAAGGGAACGUGGUUCUCGCGAGGAUCAGGAAAGGCUUACAAGCUCCGGUAAGCCGCACAAGUUGUACUUCAAUUCCGAAAUCUAUCACGACAUCAAUGCUUUGCCCUACAAAAGCAAGGAGGCAGCUCUACAGGAAUAUCGCCAUAAGCUCAAGGCAAGCGCCUCCGGGGAACUGCAUCCGGAUUAUAAGGGAUACUCCGGGUACUUUGCCGAACCAGAAGCUGAAGUGGAGAACGACUCCAAGCUAAUCCUAGGCGAAGAUGACUACCCCUAUCAAUAUGUGCUGAAGAAGGAACCCCUUCUGGAUGACCAUGAUCCGUGGCUGGAACAACAGCCUCUACGUCUCGCCCACGCCCACGCCCAUGGCCACGCCCACGCCCACGCGCACAGCCAUGGCCACGCCCACGCGCACAGUGGCAAGCAUCCGAGUCUAGAGUACGACAGCUAUAGUCCGAAAUUCAAUAAUAAUCCCGAGGGGUAUGGCUAUCAGCAUACCUACAAGGUCAGAGGUCAGGCAGGAGGCAGCGGUGGCGGUGGGGGUGGUUCAGGGGGCGUGGCUGUCCUAGGGGGCGCAACGGGGGGUGGAAAGCGUGGAAAGCGGGGAGGCGGUGCUCAUCCCAGACAAGAGGCGAUUAAGAAACAACUGCGAGCAACGGAGGUUAAGGACUUGGAAGCAAGUUUGGCAUUGAGGCCACCGCCCAAAUAG